AUGACAGCUGCCAGGGAGGCCCAUCUGCACGGGGUGAAGAGUUCAGCAUCCCCAGACAAAGAUCUUGGAUCUUGCGAUUGGGAGGCCGCAGAUAUAGGUAAUAAAGAAAGAAAACAGAUGUUUUUGAGACCCAUGGCUGCAGGAAAGGAAGAAUAUACUGGUUGUCUUGUUAUAGGAGAUCACAAAUCAACAUCUCACUUUAGAACAGGGAAAAAAGACAAGAAAAUGAAUGAAGACCCGGAGCCUCAAUAUCAACCAAGUAUGGACAGUGAAUUAUCAGGAGGAUACCGGAGGCAUUGUGGACUUGGCUUCAGUGAGGUAGAAGACCAUGAUGGAGAAGGUGAUGUGCCUGGAGAUGAGGAGGAGGAGGAGGAGGAUGAUAAUUCACCUGAUCCUGAAAGUCCAGAUGACUCUGAAAGUGAUUCAGAGUCAGAGAAAGAAGAAUCUGCAGAGAAAAUCCAAGGUACUGAGCAAAAAAGAUGCGAAAAGCAACUAUAA